UGGACCAAAGAUUUAGCAAAAACGUGCAUUUCCAAGAUGCACAAAGCCAGUGGAGACAUAACCCCAAAGAUAUGCAGCUCUAACUGCGGUUUAUGAAGGUUUUACAAAUAAGUAAAGGUUCAAAUGCAUGCCACAUCUGCAUCUUUCUUUUUUUGGAAAAACAAUGCAAAAUUUUCCUUCAUCUUUACGAAUAUGAACCAGAUUGUUUUGGUGUUUCAUGUUAAAUGCCAGUAAAAUAAGUUGAAGUUUGACUUUAGUAAUGCACUGUAUAAAAUUAAGGGCUGAAGCUGAUGAUUUCUCUGUAAACAGCCAAGACCAAAAUGCAAUUGUACAGUUUUUAAAAUGUAAGUUUUUGCAAUAACUAUUAAAAGCCUUCAAAGGUUAACUUUCAGAGGUACUGCCUGAUAUGAAAGAAGUGGUAACAAAAGCAAAGAGAUGUUUUGGUUUAAAGCUGGCACAAUUUUAUUUUUAUUUUACCCUACCUUACUUUUCUAUUUCUAUUAAAACUCUGGAAGUUCUUCACAUGUUCUGCUCUCAGUAUGUGUUUCACACAGAAAACUGCAUCCUGCUUCCAUAUUCUUUGUGACUAAUAACAGGUUUUGCUGUAAAUCAAAUCUUAUAAUACUGUAUCUUUACAGAUCUAAGUUGUGAGAUGCAGAACUAACUAAACUAGAUUUCUACUAAAUUAUUUUGUCAACAGAGUUAUCUUUUACAUGUAGGCUAUUAAAUAAUAUAAUUCUCAUAGAGCCAAAAUUCCCCUUAAGAUUAGGGACAUUAUUGAAUUAUUUUUACCAGGACACAGUUCCACUGAACUGUACUUUUUGUCCUCGUAGUUCGAUGGAAACUUUUAUUUAAAGGACUCCUUCGUCAGCCCCUCCACUUCUAUAGGACUCACUUAUGUAAAAUGUUUUCCUGCAUUUUCUUAUUAAAUUGGCAUUGCACAGCAGUGCAAGAUUGUGAGUUAACGUUCUUAUUUCCAUUGCAGUUCUGCUCCAUGAACACACAAAUUGGAGCCCAAUUACCCGUCGUUUUCCUUGGAUGCACUGCAGAUAUGAGGCCAUAUUGAGCAUAAUUGCAUCCAGUGAAAUGCAUCCAGUAUAUUGUUAUUUUUUCUUACUGACUUCCCAGUUGGGGUUCAAAUCAGCUGUGGCUUUCCUUUUACUAACAGACCGAAUAUCUCACCAUCUCUCUUGGUCUGUUUUUUUUUUUUUUUUUUUUUAAAAAGAAAAAAGAAAACUGUACACCUUUUUGUCUUUAUUUCUAGUUUGGUGAUAGUUCUAAAGUUCAGAGAUGUACGUGAGGGUUUGUCUGCAGAAAUCAUUAAAGCGCUGUCUGAUUACAAUCCAAGCUUAUUUCACUAAGAGCAAACUGCUGUAAUUUUCAAGUUAAUUUCACUUGUUAUACCCCUACCUUGGAGCAAGUAACCUCCUUCCUUGCCCAGCAGUCUUGCUUGGAUGGAGCUCUAUCGUACAGAGACAUUAUGUAACUUACCCCUGCUAACCGUUCUCAUUGCUCUGACUUGAUCUCUUUUUUACCCUCACUAAACUUCUCUCCAGCACAGCCAUGCAUGAUAAAGUGCUUUCUGGCUCUGCGACGCCAUCUAGCGGUAUUGGAACCAUGCAUUGAUUACAAUCCUUUCCCAUUUCUUUUCCCUUUGGAGAACAAUUUUUUUAAAUGAACAAAAAAAUAUUAAAUAUAUGAUUGUAUCAACGAAACCAUGCAUUUUUUAAGGACUUCUGUUGAUUUUAUUCUUCAUUGCAUGGUAUUCCUUCCAAACACAGCACAAAGUAGAAAUUGCUAGUAAGAACAGGUAAAAGAAACCUGUGAAACUCCCCUAAAACGUUGUAGAGUUACGGACUUGAAAUUGUUUUAAGGUGAAAAUGAAGGACUUUGAAUUUUACACUCAACUUUGAAACUCAACUGUGGGGCAACAUGUGCCCAAUUUCUUUUACAAGUUACGAGCGCCUUCCCACACCUGCUGUUGUUUUUGUCUCUUCACGGGAAAAUGAACUUCUCUUGCAGUUUCGGGCUGUGCGGAUGUUGUGCGCUCUCGCAGCGGGCUUGUUGCUCGUUCCUCCUCUGCCCUUUUCUUUUUUCUGUCUGUCUGGUCUGGUGUGGCGCGCUAGAAAGGGGCUGGUUAUGUGACAAAAGACCGCCCAGUCCCGUCUCGUAAGGAGAGAGAGAGAGCGAGAGAGAGAAAAAGGGAGGGCUACAAACCCCCAGGCACCUAGGUUUGCUGACUUCUUUAACACCAACCCAACGAUUCUGAAGAGAUAUUUGCCUGUUUGUGUGCCAAUGAGCAAGAGACGCUCAACGGAAUUGUUUAGCAGCAUGUGGAUCACUUAUGGGCACCUGCAGUUGACAAUAACAACUCUAUUUAAUAGUCAACAAACAGUGGUGGUAAUAAUAAUACUGUAGGUGUAAUAUGAUGUUUACUAUCAAGUGAUACAUAUUUUAUAUCAGCUGUAUUGGUUGCCUUUAGGCUCUUUGCGUUUAUUUAUUAUUACAUGUCCUCCCCAUUCACAAUCAUACUGAGACAAACAGAGUAGCAGUAUUUCUUUAUAUCUGUCUCUGGCUGUGUGUUCAGCACAACUAUAAUUGACUUCCCAUAUAGCAAAACCUAUAUGCUAAUGAUAGACACAUGGGCUGUCAUAGGGUAGUGGAAAAGGGGGGUUCAUAACAUUAGCCCGUGUCUCUUUAAAAAAAAAAAUCAAGUUUCUUGUUGUAUUCUGGAAUGAGGUCAGACACGAGGCUUCUCAUUGCACGCGCUGAUUAUUAUUAGAAUCCUUUGCUCGCCAAUCAGAUGCCGGAGGGGGCGUGGCCUGGCCCCAAGCAGCGUAGCGACAGCGUAGGGGCAAUCUGAUUGGUGGAUUUUUAUCGCCGUUGUAUGAGAGAGGAAUAAAUGCAGGCAAGGGGGGCAGCAGUCUGACGGGGUGCUUGAAACAGCGACUGUUAGUCUUUGCAGAUGGGAGGCAGGGGAGUGUGAGUUGCUCUAGCUUCUAUUUUUUUCCUUCUUCUUUCCCCUACCACAGCAUGCACGGCUUUUGAUUCUUGGAGUAGAUGCAGAGAAAAAGCACUUACUUUUACACAUUGUAUACUUGGGGCCCUUUGUAAGUGCCUGAGCGCAUGUGUGGGCACUCUGCUCCUGCAGCUGUGUAGAUUGUGUUCAGUGAUCACAGGGCUGUGUUGAUUUUUUUUUUUUUUUUAUUCCAACACCGAUUAUCCGCUCCACAACAAAGACGAACUGUUUGAACACCAACAGCACCUGGAAAUUAAACCUUUUUUUAUGCAUGUAGCCUUUUUAGGCAACUCUGGACUGUGUUUUCAAGAAUCCUGCGCAUCUCAGGAGUGAAUAACUGCUUGCACUGUUUGCACUCAGCACAAACUGUCAGAGUGGGAGAAAAGAGCUGAGUUUGCUUUAAAGUGAACCAGAGGAACCCAGGAGAGAGGGGGGAGAAAGAGCAAGCAUCCCGCUCUUACUUUAAUCGGACAGCAUGGUGCAGAAAAUGAGCCACACAGAGAGCACCGCCGAGGCGCUGUCCUUUUUUACCGGGGACUCAGGCUCCGACUCCGGCGCAAGCAUGGAUCUGGACCCGGCCGCCUCGCCUCUGUCCCCGGCGGGCUCCGCAGCCUCCUCCACCGCCGGCGACAAGCUCGGGGAGAACCCGGCGUGGUGCAAAACUCCCAGCGGCCACAUCAAGAGACCCAUGAACGCAUUCAUGGUGUGGUCGCAGAUAGAGAGGAGGAAGAUCAUGGAGCAGUCCCCGGACAUGCACAACGCAGAGAUUUCUAAGCGGCUGGGGAAGCGCUGGAAGCUGCUGAGAGACAGCGACAAGAUUCCCUUUAUCAGAGAGGCAGAGCGGCUUCGACUUAAGCACAUGGCGGACUAUCCCGACUACAAGUACAGACCGAGGAAGAAGGUAAAGUCGAGCGCAUCUAAGGCUGGCAGCAGCGAUAGAGGGGAAAAAGUUACCGGUAGCUCAAACAACACCAGCACUAAGACGUCCUCAUCUGCGAGGAAGAACGGAUCAAAAUCACCCAGCAGCAGCAACAAACCCCAAAAAUCACUUUUCGGGAGCAGCAGUGGCAACAAAGCUUCGCUGUUUGCAUCUGAGCACCCGUCAGAGCACCACCACAACUCUCUCUACAAGUCCAAAUCUGUCUCCUCGGCUGCCAAACAAAUACCUGAUGCCAAGAAGCCCAAGAGAGUAUACGUUUUCGGGAGCGGCGCGGCCAGUCUGAGCGUCAGUCCCACGUCCUCCGUGGUGGUGCCGGCUAGCCCUACGCUCAGCAGCUCGGCGGACUCUAGCGACCCGCUCAGUCUCUACGAGGACGCGGCCAGCGGCAGAGAGGAAGGCGCUGACUCCCCCGGCAGUAGCAGUAGCAGCAGCAGCAGCAGCAGCUUCGGCGGAACUUCGGAGCGCCGCAGCGGCCACACGUACAGCAACACUCGGCGGGCUUCUUCGCCUACCCCUUCUGGGUCGCACUCCUCUGUCUCUUCCUCCUCGUCUUCCUCGGAGGACGAGGAGUUCGAGGACGACUUGCUGGACGUCAACCCGAGUCCGAGCUUCGACAGCAUGUCGCUGGGGAGCUUCGGCUCAUCGGUCCUGGACAGGGACUGGGACUUGAACGGCGAGUCCGUCUGCGGGGGUUCCCACUUCGAGUUCCCCGACUACUGUACGCCCGAAGUCAGCGAGAUGAUAUCGGGAGACUGGCUGGAGUCCACCAUCUCCAACCUGGUGUUCACAUACUGACUGAGUGCUAAAACUCGCAGACGCAAACAGAAACAGAGGAGCUCUUGCUUACCAGUGGGUUUCACUACUGCAAACCCUGUCCCUGCAAAUCCUUGGAAAGCUUAACUCUAAAGCGAAUAACUUGCUUUUUUCGGGACUUUUCUUCGGAUGCCUGGACUGAGGGAGUCGGAGGGGAGCCGUCCAAACAAGAGGAGACAAAAAAAAAAAAAAAAAAAAAAAAACAGACUGAGUUUCCUGACAGCUCAGUGCAGGACUGUUUUUAAACUGAGUAACUUAACUGUGAUUGAUUUGCACGUUAUGCGGUCCGCCGUACACUUAAUCAAUGUCGUUAAUGAAUUUUUGAGAGAAAAAAAGGGACAUUUUCACAAGUUUUUAACCAAUCGCCAAGUGAACUUCGCCACUAAAGAAAAAAGAAAAACAAACAAACAAACCAAGCAAACAAAAAAGGUACAGACUAGGACUGCAGUGCGACAGUUUUUUUUUACUGUAUCACCAAGAGGCUUUUUUUAAUGAAACCGAGGUGGGUUGAUGUUUUUUAAAAGUUAUUUUCUCAAGAAACAAAAAAAAAAGCGUGUUUAGCAUGAUAGCCUACUUUGUUCCUAUAUCUUGUGCUGAGAUUUUCUGUGCGACUGUUUGAGCAGUUUGUAAACUAGUAUUAGGGUUAUUUAAAAGGAUCUAGGUGGCGCUCACUUCGGUUCUACUUUUUUUACGGAGAAAAAAAAAAGGACUUUGAAAUAAUCACCAGCUCACUUCAGGACACAAACACAACUUCAAGUCUGUGCUUAACUGUAUUGCUACAUUUGUUCCCUCUACUAGGACCAAAAUUCUAUAAUGUUAUUUUCCAGACCAUAGCUAUAGAGAAAUCAUCAUCGAUUUCUAUUUUGUUUUGUUUUGUACAUGUAUUCAGAUGCCAUUUUUAUAUGGGGAUGCUGUAUUUAUAUACUGGGCCAAGCAUCUUUUGUUUUGCUAGUUCUUUUAUACAUGAUCCUGUCAGUAUGUCUGUGUCUGUCACAUUUCCUUCUCAGGCGAAGGGCUAGAGUUUUAAGAACACACAACCUUUUUAAUUUCCUUUUUAUAUUUAAAUGUACACACUUUUUUGGACACUUAAAAGAGAAGAAACAGUUUGAUUAUUUUCUCAGUGUAUUUUUGUACAAAUCUAUAUUGAACACGGGGGUAUGUGUAGCCUAACUAAUACAGCUGUAUUGGAUUUCCUUGUUUUUUAAUGCCCUCAACAGGCUGGUUUUUUUCAUGCUGCCUUCAAGUGCUUAUGGUAAGCUUGUUACUUCGGGCUCAGUUACUUUAGUAGAUUAGAUCAAACAGUAGAGCUGUCCGUUUUGUAUCCUUGCGGUGCCUAUUGUACUUAUUCUCUCAAAUUUAAAGAUACACUUCCACUUUUUUGACAGAAAAGGUGAGUAGGUAGAAAUCAGAUAGGUAGGCCUUAUUUGUCUUCUUUCACAAAAAAAUCCAGAAACAGUCUUUAAGUCCUCUUUGAUGUCAAACCCUUAAACAUCUGCAGCACAGACGUGAAGGUGAUUAGGACAUAAUUGCAAUUUUUCCGACAGCACUUGAAAGCAGCACCAGUCUCGGCCCCCUUUUCCAACGUUUACAGUGCCAGACUGCAGGCUCAUUUUUUUUAAAGACACAGGAGCACGAGUCUUUUUUUUUAAGAGGCUCCUCCUGUGGGACCAUGUGGUUUAAACAGCAGCACUAUCCUAAAAAGCAGUCACUUGCUUUUUUUAUUUUUAUUUUUUUUUAAAUCAUAUGUUUUUGCGUCCAACGUCUUGAAGAUUGUAGCUUUAAAUUUGACUUCGUUUCUUGAUGUUUUCACUCACUGAUGUCACAUCUUGCCAUUCGGCCAGUGGAUUGAGGCGGGCUGUCCAUAUCACAAACAAAGAUGACAACAUCAAGCAUAUUCAAAUUUCUGACCUGAGUUGCGCAACACUUUCUUGUACUGCGUUUCUCAUUGUAUUUGAAUAUAUAAUCUUUUCUACUUGUCGGCUAACUACUAGCUAAUAAUUGUUUUAGUAUCUUUAUGGCAUGGUGAAUAGCAUUUGUAUUUCAGAUUCAGGUUAUUAUUAGCUGUUGUGUUUUUUCAGAAAAAAGAACGGAGAAGGAAAAAAGAGGAAAAAAACAAUGAACUUGAUCUUUGUAUAUUUGACUGUACCAUAAAGCAAAAAGAUUGUGUGUUUAUGUACGUUGUUGCUAUCGAGGACAGGCACUGUUUAGAACUGCUAUCUUUUACACAUCCUUACUUACAUUUAAGGUGGUCAGUUCAGACUGUUUUUUUUGUUUUUGUUUUUUUUUAUAAAUAUAUAAAUAUAUGAAAGCAUUUUUAAAUAUAUUAACUUUAUUUUUCAUCCAUCCUGUGCAAUAUGCUGUGUAGAAUUAUCAUUUAUUGUCUUUAAUCAUGCCAUAAACAAAGAAGCCACCUCUUUUUUCUGAUUAAAGAAGGGGUAGGUUGACUCAUGCCAGCUAAAUUUUGUCCAUUCACUGCCUGUCAGAUUGUUGAUACAAACUUGUGUACAGAACUUUUUCAAGGAAGGAAAUAAAUAUCAGCUGGAACUGAAA